CUUCCUCUCUUCUCUUCUGGCAUCCCCCAUCCCCCAUCGCUUUAUGUGCUUCCAUACAGCCUGAAAAAUCAACCGGAGGAGGAAACCUUCACACUCGCGGAGAAUAGACUGACCCUCGGCGACCAGAAGAUCGCUUAUAAACGGGAUCACGGACUGGAUCGGAGUGACCCAUCUAAACCACCGCGCACUGAUUUGCAUAUCCAUUCUUCCUACCUCCUUCAUUUGCCUUUCCUUCACUGAGAAUGGCAAGCGGGCAUUCCACUGACAAAUUCAGUUUUCUGUACCCAACAGACACCAGUCAGAACGUUAAGAGUAAGAACAGGCUGUCUUCCACCAUGAACCCGGUGUACAGUCCAGUGCAGCCGGGAACCCCGUACGGAAACCCCAAGAAUAUGGCAUACACAGGUUAUCCUGGAGGUUACCCGACGACCGCCCCGACCUACACAGCCAACCUUUAUCAGACAGGUAGCCCGGGAUACCCACCAGUGCUGCUGGUGAAGCAGGCCUGGCCCCAGACGGCAUCUGCUCCGGGGCCCGCAGAAGGCUCCUAUGACCUGGCCAUGGACGCUGGCUCAGAGAGCAGGCAGUACCAGGCCUCAUCUACAGCAUUCAGAUACACUGCUGGAACGCCUUAUAAAGUGCCCCCUACUCAGACCAACGGAGCCCCUCCGCCCUAUUCCCCGUCUCCUAACCCCUACCCGACGGCCAUGUACCCCAUUAGAAGUGCCUAUCCCCAGCAGAACCUCUAUGCUCAGGGUGCUUAUUACACGCAGCCGGUGUAUGCCGCCCAGCCUCAUGUAAUCCACCACACCACCGUGGUCCAGCCCAACAGCAUCCCCUCCGCCAUCUACCCCGCUCCUGUACCUGCGCCCCGCUCCAACGGCGUGGCCAUGGGCAUGGUGGCCGGGACAACGAUGGCCAUGUCUGCCGGUGAGACGCUCAAAAAUUACGGAACGCUGCUGACCACCCCUCAGCACACUCAGAUCGGAGCACACCCCGUCACCGUGCCAACGUACCGACCCCAAGGAACACCUGGGUACAGCUACGUGCCACCUCACUGGUAGAGCCCACCUGCCAAUCAUAUCUGGAGUCAAACAUUGUAUGCAACUACUCAAGUCUUACAUCGGCGCUCUGUGCUCAACAGUGAGGCGCCACGUCUGUUUGCAAGAACAAAAAGAGAAAAAAGUGCAAGGGUCACUUUAUGCAUUCUUACGUGUUUUUGUAAAAGCUGCUUUUUUAUCUUUUUAUUUAAUUUCGUUCUUUUUCGUUUCGUUUCGUUUUCGCGUUUUUUUCCUUCUCAUUUUUUUUUGGGAUGAUGUUCUUGCAUUAGGAUAUUUUAAUUCUUCAUUGUUCCAUAGUUAUUCUACAAGAGCUCCAGAAUGAUUUCGACCAAUCACGACCCGUCUUUGUGUUCAGUAUAAAACGCUGGUGUGUAGGAAUGUACCGACGCAAUAUCAGCACCACUCGGAUCAUAAUCAUCCACUUAUGCUGCCAAAUUUUAUAACCUUUAGAUAUUAGCACAGGGUUCGUCGUUUUCCUUUUAUUUAUUUACAGCAGAGAUUUUGAGUUCGGCCUUCCCGAAGCGCUUGGGAACGGUUCCAGAAAAAUUUCAUUUCGUUCUGUCAUCGAUAACAAGGGUGUCUUCCAGCUUGUAGCUGUUCAUGUAGAUUUGUAAGGAAUAUAUCAUUAGUAGGGCAGUGCAAACGUGGUUUAACCUUCAUUAGGAUAUCGAGUACAUACAGUAAUCUUAGUUAUUCACUAAAUAGAGAACGUUUGAGUGAGCCGGUUACUUUAUUAGCUUAUGUGUCAGGAUAGCGUAAGCUUCGAAACUAUAACGUGUAUAUGCGAUUUAUAAAAAUGUGCGCGCAUGGGUGCUCCCGCGGCAUGCGCUCACCGUGAAUAUUGAGGAAUACAAAAAAAAAAAAAAAUGUAUCGGUGGCACUUAGCUGGAGCCUCUGGGUGCGAUGUCGUCCCCGCGGGCAUCGAAACGCGUGCCAACUUCGAGGCCAGAAAGGACGGAUGCUACUCUGACGGGAACGAUUAGGAUCGAAUCCGAUUCAAAGGGACUUUGCAACAUCGUAGAUAGCACUAAAAGCAAAAAAACACACACGCACACACACACACACGAGGGAGGUAUGGCGUUCCGGCAUUCAUUUCCAAUCAGCUCCGGGUCUAGAGUGGGUCUGACCCCUGGUCCUCUGUGAAUCCUUGGGCCUUUAGGCCCGUCGUUGCACAGAUUUUAGGCGUAGGAACGGAGUUGUUCAAUGCAAUAAUACGAACGGCCUGCUUGAAUGGCUUUUAAUUGUAAUUUACAGCAUUUUUAGAGAGAGAGAGAUAAAGAGAAUCUUGAUUUCCUAUCCCAAGGCCUCGCCUGUAUCCAUGAAUAGUGUACUCAGAAGUGACAUAUCAAGUAUUCUAUGAAAUGUUAUCAUACCGAAGCAUUGCACAUUGACAAAUAGACGUAACUUAAUAACCAAUUAUACGGUACACUCUCAUAUUUAAUGAUGUAAUUAAGAAAAUCAAGCAUUUACUCUGCAGACCAUUAGUCUUGGUAAUGUCUCUGGAAGUAAUAUUAUUGUCAGUACAGAACAGUAUCACUCUUUACGUUGUUUUGUUGGCUAAGCGACCACUAUUGCGAUAUAUAGUACACUCAAAAGUGGGAAGAAGCGAUUCUCUGAUCUUAUGUGAAAGUCAUAACGUCUAGUAAUGCAUGUGUCAUGCGGGUGAAUGCAGUAUAGUGUAAUCAGAUGGAAACUAUGCCCUUGCGAAGCAUGGUUGCUUCAUGUUGAAUUGCAGCUUAUGGAUUGCUUUUAAUAAUACAUUUACAUUACAGCACAUUCCCUUAUGUAUUUUUCGUUAAAGUAAAGGGAGAGAGUGAGAGCGCAGAGUGACUCAUGAACCUCGUGGUGUGUGUAUAUAUAUAUAAAUCACAUGAAUUAAGUGAAGCCUCUUUUUUGCUUAAAAUUACUGUAAAACAUCUUUUUUUAAAUAGCUAUUUUAUUUAAAUAGUUAUUCGUAUUACUCUAAAUAGUGUUCGUUUUUACAAAUCUCUGCAAUGUGGGGGUUUUUUUGGUUUGAUUUUUUUUUUACAUCAGCAAAGACAGUACAACAAAUAUUCCUCUAAAUUUCAAGAGGAAAUUGUCAUAAAGAUAAUAAUAAAAAAUAUUAAAUCUUAAACAGGCUUCAUUUUCUUUAUGCAUAUAUAUAUAUAUAUAUAUAUAUAUAUAUUUCUUGACAGGUUCCAUGAGAUUCAUCAUUGCAGAAUAAUCAUUUUCCUGUUGUAUCGGUAAGCAGCAUUUGUAUUUGUAAUAUUUGUCUAACGAUGGAAUUUUGUCCUCAGUAAGUAAUUCAGAUCAGUCCAAUCAGCUCACUUGUUUAUGAUUGAAUGAGAAUCUCGUACCGUUCUCAUGCUCUGUUCUGAUGACAUUCGAUGUCAUUUUCGUGCGCUCUCUGCCCUGCUCUUUCCUUUUCUGGUCUUAUACAGUAUUAUAUCAAGCAGUGAACUAUAUUUUCCGUGUCUUUGCAUACGUUCGCCUCACGAGACUUGAUCGAUGCGUUUAAUCACUGUAGUCGACAUAUGACACUCUGAACUCUAGGACUAGAGUGACCUUUUACACCGCAAAAAGAAUAAGGGUUUUGAUUCUGAAAUAGAGGACGUUACCAUCCACUCUGACAUGUAAUUUAGGCGCUUUUUACGUAAGUGUUAUUUAAAGUUUUAAUUAAUGAUUGAUGUUCAUUUUUCUUAAAUAGGAGAUCUUUAUAGUUGAUCUGGAGUGGAGUGAUACAGUCCAUGUGGUUGAGAGGCAUUUCAGAGCACAAGUCUUCAAAGGGUUUCCUCUUCCUCUGCACGCAUUUCCCCAGUCUUUCUUUCUCUUCUUCUUUUCUUUUCCUUUCAAGGAGGACAGAGUUCAGCGAUUGAAGUAAUGGCUGAGCUUUCGGCGAAAAUUAGCUGUGAGCGAAUACGUUGACGUUACAGGCGCGCAGGACGUUUUAACGCAGGGUCGUCACGAAUUUAAAGGGACGGAUCAUCCAAAAAUGAAACGUUGAAAAAAAAUAAAUAAAUCCGAUUGAUAACAGAACUUGCAUUUUUUUUUUUUUGGAUGAAUUAUUCCUUUAUUAUUCCUUUUAAACAGUUACGAUACUCUGAUAUUAUCACACUAGCGAGGGUUUUUUAUGCGUUUCUCCCAUUUUAAAAUAAACUGAUCCUUUUUCUGGGUGUUUUUUUCACCCGGUGGUGGCGUGGAAGAGGCUUCAGUUUCCUGUUUUGUUUUUUUGGUUUUUUUUUUUGUAUUUUUUUAGUUUUUUUUCCGUUUGGAUCAUUUUGAUGUUGCUAUUGCAAACCCAUGCACUGUUCUGUUCUUUGGUUUCAGGGCAUCGAUCAAAGGAUUGUUUACUAGCGCCCGUGAUGCAUGCAACGGGUUAUUAGCUCUAGUGAAGUCAGUGUCACGUCACCAGUAUGUAAAGGUAUUUCUAAAGUAAUUGUGGCACUGCUUUCACGCUCUUGCUGAGAACCUGUGAUAUGUACCAUAGGCUUUGACGCAAACAAACGAGGGGUUGCUGUUUCACGCUACUGUUUAGGAAAACAGCUAUUUGUGUUUGACCCGUAUGGAGAAUAAGACUUCGUUGUUUGCAUUCUAAAUGUAACGCAAAAAAGGGGAAAGUCUUCCAGAAUUUAUCUCCCUUCAGUGAGUGUUUCGAGAGCCCUUGCCCCCGUAGUAUGUAUGACGCACGACUGCGCGGUUCUGGCGGCAUGGAGAUCUCGUUCCCGCGUGGUUCUGGCGGGUCCGAGCGCGUUUGCGCCAGAGCGGCCCAGGCCGUGCCGUUCCACCUUUUGAGCAAGGAGACCCACAUCAGGCUUGUGAAAUGAAGUGUAAAACUGUUUUUAUUAUUUUGGGGUUUUUUUAUUGUUUUGUUUUGUUUUUGAAGAUCAGUUAGUGAUCUCUGUGACAUAAUUAAGCCAAGUUUGUAAUUGUAUAAUAUUUACUGUAAGAUGUAGAACAUUCAAUAACUAUUAAAAUCUUUCCAAAAAAAAAAAAAAAAA